GUUCUCCUUGCUCUCAUUCGCACCACACGCAGCGAUGGAGUCCUGGCAAUCACGCUUUGAUUCCUUCAACAAGGGGAAAAGAGUGAAGAAAGGAUCCUCGUCGACAACUCUCAGAUGGCCACACCCUUCCUUGUUCCUCGCAAAUCCAGAAACACUUGCAGAGGCAGGCUUCUACUUCACGCCCAGUGUCGGCAAUCUCGAUGCCGUGACAUGCUUCAUAUGCAGGAAGGAGCUAUCGGAUUGGGAAGAGGGAGAUGACCCCUUCGCAGAACACGUACGUCGAGGCAGCUCAUGUUGCUGGGCGAUUGCACGAUGCGGGCUGAGGGACGACAUGGACGAGGACGGAAACUUUGUGUUCCCAGACCCGGCCCGACUACCUUCUAGCAAGCUCAUGGAGAAGGCGCGAGCGGAUUCUUAUGGUGCGAAUUGGCCGCACGACACGGUGAAAGGGCAUGGUGCAAACUCGAAGAAGAUGGCCAAGGCAGGCUUCAUCUACAGUCCCCAGGGUCCAGAGGACGAUACUGCAACGUGUUUCUACUGUGGUACAUCGCUAAGUGGUUGGGAUGAAGGCGACGACCCUCUAGAGGAACAUCGGAAACGAGAGGCCAAGGCUGGCCAGCCAUGCCCCUUUCUCGCUUCAGCACAGCCCAAGCCCGUCGGCCGGCCGCCGACCCGUACACAAACCAAACCUUCAUCUAAACAAACCACUGCCUCGAAAAAGAAGAUGCCUACUCUCCAACAGGAAGAUGAAGACUCGCCAUUGUCGUCUGAUGACCCAUUAACCCCCGCAACCACGUCCAAAUCCCGCGCAUCCACGGCAAGCAAGACGAGAACAUCUAGCGUACCCGCAAAGACGCCUGCUCAGAGCUUGCGCAAGUCUACUCGUUCCUCAACAGCUACGAAAUCAUCAUCGCGAGGAACAGCUGGCUCCGAAAAUGAGGACAACGCAAGUGGUAGUGAGGUUGGAAAACGCGUUUCAAAGACGAAGCGGAAAGGUGACAAGGAGAAAGAGUCAAAUCGCAUCGAGGUCAUUCAAGAAGAGGAAGAAGGUGACCUUGGUGGUUUUGACACCGUUAUGGAGCAAGAGCAAGAGCCAGUACCGGCACCCAAGAAGCGUGGGCGCCCGCCAAAGAAGGCUGCCGCGGCCAAGCCAGCUCGAAAGACACUUGCGGAGGAACAACCUGAGGACGAACAACCUGAGGAUGAGGAAGAGAACGAACCUGCCGAGAGGGCGACACACGGUGGGACGCGUUCCAAGACCAAGGCGAACGUUGAAGACGAAAUAGACUUGCUUGCAGAAUCUUCGUCAAAGAGCAAAUCUUCGACCAGACCCAAGACACGAAGUGCACCCGCGGCCGAUAAUAGCAUGCCGCCACCCCCUGUACCGCCCAAGCGAGCCAGCUCGUCCAGGUCUGCCUCACGGCACGUCGCACCUGUCGAGGAGCCGGAGCCGGGGCUGGAGCCGAAGUCGAAGCGAACAUUGAUGUCAAAAGUGAAGGGGAAAGCGAAUUCACGGAUGGAGGAGUCUGAUGAUGAGCUCGCUGCGUCUCUCGAGGAUGAUGAAAGCAUUCCUGCUCCGAAGAAACCUAAGCAAUCGCCGAUAGCGAGACCCCUUACUACGACGAACGGCACACCUGCUAGGCAGCCAGGAAUGGAUCAGCCCAAAGCCAGGUACCGCAACAGCAGUUCCACGUCAGAUGAUGCAGGUUAUGCCACUGCAGAAGUCCUCGAACCAGGGACUAUGCAAGUUGAUCCUGAACCCGACGGUGUGCAGCUGGCUGAAGGUACCCGCAAACGCUCAUCUUCCUCACUCAAACAGUCCGAAACACGAGACACAACUGCCGCACGUCCCAACGGCGCGUCAUCUGAUCAGCUUACGCGUGGAAGCUCUGUGGACAACAGACGACCUACGUCCCGGGCAGGUAGCGUUCGACCCUUUGCAAGGUCAUCGUCACGGCCUGCCGGCAGCCUCGCGAUACGUCCAUCUUCAAAGAUGGGUAACGAGAUCGUCGAUAUCAGCGAUUCGGAUGACGAGUCUUUUGUCAAGGUUGCGUCAAAAUUGUUGAAGACGACGAACGGAGUGGUGAAGGUGGAGAGAGAUGAGGCGAUGGCGGUCGACGAACCAGAGGCGGCCAAAUCGAUACCGGUGCCGCAGCCUUUCGCGCAACAGAAACUACCGAGCAAGGCACGCCAGAGUAAAGCCACAGGCAAGCUCCCGAAGUUCCAGGUCGAGAUCGUCGUUCCACCGCCGCCGACCAGUACGCCCCCCGUCCAAUCUGAUGUGGAGAUGGGGGACGAUGUGGCAACGGUUCAGCGCGAGCCAUCACCUCCUCAGCCGGUCGUCGAAGAGCCUGUGACGGGCCAACCCGCGGAGAGCGCCCUAGGCAAACGCACGAGCCCAGCGACACCUCCGCCGCGAACGCCAUCACUGCCUCCUACCGAUACUGAAGCACCGAAGCCGAAGAACAACGCUCCUGCGUUGCCGAGUUUCGACGAGGAUAUAGAAGCCGAAGCUAAGGCCGUGCGGCAGCCUGCGCUAUCACAGACGGACGGCGAAGAUACCUUUACGUCGUUCACACCGCUCCUGAGCAUGCUUUCCCUCCAGCGAAUCACGUCACUUACGGAGGAGGAGUGCGACAUGACGCUCGAACAGUACAUCCGCCGCGAGAUUGAGCGCGAAUACGAGCAACUCAAGGCCGACGGUGAGCGACGCAUCGCACUGUUCCGCGAGAAGGCGACCGAGGCGCGUAGGGCCAUUGAAUCUGCGUGAUUCAUCGAUUUCUCUCGGACGAUUUGCUACCUGGACUUGCGCUUUGACACUGCUCUCAUCACCACACUUUGUCUUGUUGUCUGUAUUCACAUGCCUUAUCUGUAUAGAAGCGUCGCAAUCGCAAGUAAUAUGGUGUGAUUAUGUGUUAUUAUUUCAAUUACGCUGCUCAGCAGCAUUCUGAAGGACGUCUAGGGGUAUAGGCAGGUACGGGGUAUGUUUACACGGACCAGCCGAGUAGACUUUAAGCUAACAUCGUCGCCAGGAAACGCUCUGCUGGGCUCUCCUGCAGCACAGAGAGCUUCCCGUCUCGGAUCGCCAACUUUUCGCCAAAACCGCCGAUAAAAUGAUCGUCCACCUCGGCAGCGAUAUCCGCCUUCCCCCUCUCUUCGUGAACUGGCUCGUCGCACAACGUGCUUCCGAGCGAGAAGAGCGUCGAAGACGACGACAGUACGUCGGACGGCGUGGACGGCGUGUCCACAUCCCAGUCCGCGUCGGGGUCAGGGCUCCCGAACAGGUAUCCGUCGUCGGGGAAGUGGUGGAUGUCGUGGAUGGCGAUCUUGCUGCUGCUGCUGCCGAGCUCGGGCGUCGCGAGCUCGAGGAUGCGAGGCGUGUACGCCGCGGCAGCACAGCGCGCGUUGGGGUUUGCGCACGCGACCUCGCCUGCGCUCAUGAAGAGCGUCGGCAUGCCGAGCACGCACGCGCGCAGCUCGGCGAUGCUGAUGCGCUCGGCGGGGUUGAACGUGAACACGCGGGCGAGGAGGGCGGCGCACGGCGCGGAGAGGGGCAGGAACGACGCGAGGGCGUCGGACGCGCCGAGGAGGAACGCGGCGAAGUGCGCGUCCUCGGUCGUCGCGCGCCGCCAGGGGUUGCGGCCCGUGAGCAUGUUGCAGAGCACGACGCCGAGCGACCAGAUGUCGCUCAGCUCGUUGUAGAACGAGCCGAAGCUGUGCUCUUCGCCGAUGCACUCUGAUGGGGAGGCUGGGUUUCAGCGCAUGUUCUGCGACUGGUGCAGACAAGAGAAAACUCACCUGGACUCAUAUAAUAUGACGAGCCACAGGCAUGGUUCGUGCUCAGCGCCUCAUCCGUGGCGAGGCCGAAAUCGCCGAGGUGUACCUUUGUGCCGUCCGCACUGACAAAGAUGUUCUCAGGCUUCAGGUCACGAUGGUACACCCCGAGAUCGUGGCAAGCCUGGACGGCGUCUAGGAUCUGCACGAAGGCGCGCUUCACCAGCUCGUCGUUCUGCGCGAAGAUGUGGCGCUCGACGAUCGCCGUGUAGAGAUCGCCGCCCGGGCAGAAGUCGAGGAUGAGGUAAAUGUGCUCAUCGUCCUCGACGACGGCGUGCAGCGGGAGAACGGCGGGGUGCGCGCCGGAGACGAGCUGGUGCAGCGUCGCCUCGCGCCGCUGGCACCGGCCCUCGGGCGUCCAGUCCGCCGCCUUGCGGAGCACCUUCACGGCGUACUCUCGCUCGGCAGAAGGGUGUGCGGACGACGAUGAGGACGACGGGGAAGCGCCGUCUGACUCCAGACAGCGAGCAAGAUAUACGACACCAUAAGCACCCUCGCCAAGGAUCUCAGUGAGCUUGAGCUGAAGACGACCAGCGUCGACAGUCUUGCCCACCAAGUCCGAGAUGGAAGGGCGAGAGAUCUCAGAAAGCAUAGUAAAGUCUCAAAGGCAAGAUGUAGACUUUGAGGGAUGGUGGAUGGACAAAGUCAAGUGUUGUUGGCCUUCCCGAGCGCAUAUCCCUUCAAUUUAUGUCCUUUAGCCAGGCUCA